UUGUAUAUUACAGGUAAGAAACGCUUAAGAAACACAGCAAGAAGACUGGGUAGAAAAGUCGGGAAAAGAUGAAUGAAAAAUACCAAAGCUGAAGACUACAUGAAAACAAUGACAGACAAAGAAAAUCCAAAAACGGAGCAAGAAGAGGAGGAGCAAAAUAAAGUGCCACAAGAGGAUGAUCUCAAAAAACCAAUAAUUAAAGACAAGGAAUAUUUUCAUUCCAAGGCACAUGAAAAAGCAAAUUGUACGUUGAUGAUACUUACAGGAGCAACACUGGUUGCCGCAAUAUUGUUGGUGUCUUGGUGUGGAAUUACGAAAACUAGCAACUCUUGUGAUCUCCAGGAAGCCGUGAAAUCACUACGUCUGAACUUCACUGUGUCAUGUAAAUAUGAAAACUCAAAGGAGAACAUCGAACGAAUCUGGGCAAUAGGGAUAUCAGCUUUUGUUCUUGAUUUCAUAUUUCUCACGUUGAGCCUGAUUUUUUGGUUCCUUCCACCUGCAAGACAAAGAACAGGAUAUUUAGCUUUUUAUUUCAUGGAUUACGGAAAACUGAAGAGUGCAAUGAAUGACUCACUGCAAAAUUAUGCCUCGGAUGUAAUAACUACCGACAGUACUAUUUCCGACUGUUGGAACAAUAUCUUCAUCAAGUAUGAUUGUUGUGCUGUAAAUCAAGUCGUUAGCACAACCAAUGAUUUUGACACGACCCCCUGGUGUACAACGUCCGGUUCCUGUCAACUGACGAAUUCUCAAAUUCCGAAAUCUUGUUGUAAAGCAUAUACAGUGGAUGACUACGAUAGAGCGCCAGACAUUUGUCAUGCUACUGUCAAUGCCGGAACGUAUAGAGAUAACUGUUUCUCACGAGUAAAGAUGUUGAGCGACUUGGCCAUUACAGAAUAUCAGAUUGAUAUGAUAGAUACCUGUUCAUUUACCUUGGGGAUUCUGAAAAUUGGUGCCGUCCUUCUGACUGUUGUGAUGGUUUUGAUGCUCUUCAUUUGUAUGAAAACUGCAAACUGUACGUCAGUGAUAGGAUGUGAUCCUAACAAAGAAAUAUAGCUUUAAAAACUACAUAAUAUCAAAAAUCCACUGUGAUUAAUGUAAGGAUGCGAUCCUACCAGAGAAAUUGUCGCUUUAAAACUACAACGUAUCAACAAACUACAGCGAUCAAUGUUGGGAUGCGAUCCUAACGGAGAAAAUAUGCCUUUAAAUCUAUACAGUAUCAAAAUUAUACUAUGUUCUAUAUUUGAAAUGUUAUAUACUUUUUUAAAAAAUCUAGUUUUUAAACGUUUGAAAGAAAAACAUUUGAUUGA